AUGGACAAGAUCCCAACCGUUGUAGAUAAAAACAAGGCUCGGAAACGGCAGAGCAACCCAGAAAAAUGGAAGCGAAACCGGCAGAAGUUAGAGAGAUAUUCUGCAAAAAAAUUACCUGAAAAACCUAAAUGUACGCAUAAAAAAAGAUUGGAGUGUGAUUCGCUAAAAAUGAACGAUUUGAAUUCAUUUCAUACUGCUUUUUAUAAAAAUAAGGAUAAACGGUCACAGGAUGCCUUUAUACUGAAACAUAUAAAAGGGGGUCCUACUUACAGACGUAGACCACGUAAGGCAACUCGCAAAGAAAAAGUAAUAAGUACAAGGUAUUACAUUUAUAGUCGCUCGAUAAAGAAAAUGAUAAGAGUUUGUCAGAAAACGUUCUUAGAUGUACUUGGAAUUAAUAAGUAUCGUGUUGAAGGUAUAGCAAAGAAAUUUCUUAAAGAAGGACUUAUUCCAGAAGAAAGACGAGGAGGAGACCGUAAAUCUCGUAAAUAUUUUGACAGAAAAACAUCAGUUAUGGCAUUUGUAAAAAAACUAAAGUGUUCUGAGCCGCAUUACUGCCGGGGAAGUAGCAGUGUAAGACUUUAUCUUCCUGCCGAACUAAAUAUAAACAAGUUAUAUAAAAUAUAUGAUAAUCAAGUGCCAGAACAUUUAAAAGUUAAAAGAAGUUAUUUCAGGAAUGUGUUUAACACCAAUUUUAACUUGGGAUUCGGUUCGCCGCGCACCGACGUGUGCUCUGUCUGUUUGCAAUAUGCGGAGAAAAUUAAGGCAGCUAGAGAUAACAGAACUAAAAGUGAUUUGAUGAUCCAGUUAAGAGUUCACAAAAAACGCGCUCAAGCUUUUUUCAAUUACUUGAAAGAAGAUUCCCCGAAUGUUUUUAUAUUAUCAUACGACUGCCAAAAGAACAUGCCGCUACCCAAAAUUCCCGAUCAGAGCACAUAUUAUUCCAGACAGAUUUAUCUUUUCAAUUUCACAAUUGUAGCAGGCUCUUCAAAGUCACAGUUAAAUAAAGACAGUACUUUUGCAUAUGUUUGGACUGAAGACCGAUUUCCAAAAGAUUCUAAUUUAAUUGCAUCUGCGACCUAUCAUCGAUUAAAUGCAACGACAUUUCCUCUUCAAAUUAAUACGGUAAGAUUAAUGGCCGAUGGGUGCGCCGGCCGAAACAAGAAUACCACUGUUGUAGGAAUGUGCCAAAAGUGGUUUACAGAAGCUCCUCAAGAUAUAAAAAAGAUGGAAAUAAUAUUUCCUGUCGUGGGCCAUUCUUUUCUUCCCGCAGAUCGUGUUUUCGGGAGAAUAGAGAAGGAGUUUCGCAAGCGAGACACAAUACUGGAGCCGACUGGUUACACGAAUAUUAUAAAAGAAUACUCCAGUCUCAUUACAGUAGGACAAGAAUGUCCGGUCAAAGAUUGGAAAGACGCUGCCAAAAAGGUUUUAAAACCCGUUGGAACAUGGCAUGUGCCUUUUAUGAAGUGCAAGCGUUUUAUAUUGAAGCGUUCUAAAAUAACAGCUGGAAAUGUAUUGGUAAAAGGUGAAAUACAUUAUGUUGCUGACACCGGUGCAUAUAGAAAUGUCUGUAAAAAAGGCAAAUAUACGAACAUGAUCAAUCCGCAUGAUAUACGCUUGGGAUCGGGAACCCUUAAAGCAACAAAAAUUAGAGAUGUCAACAAAUUAUUAAGUACUCACUUUGACGCUGACUGGAGGAGUUAUGAGAUGUUGUCUUUUUACGACAAAUUGAUACCAAAUACGGUACCAGUCGAUGACGUGGAAAAUGAAGAGGAUGAAAAUAAUGAUGUUGAUCUAGAAACUUCGUGCCAAGAACAAAUAAUUUUUAAUGACCUAAUGAUUUAA